ACAGCUGUCAGUUCAGACUUCCUGCUCAUUCAGGCUUGCCGGGACAACUCGAUGGGAGAGAAUUAUAUCUCAUCUCCUGUGACUGAAGAGAGGGCUAAUCACGGGGGUCCAGUCGUAGGCUGGGCCAAGGCUGUUGUAGCUAAGGUCGAUCGGCUAGGCCUGUGAGGCAGGGAGGGCUGGGGUGGCUCCAGAUGUGGCAAACUUGGCCCAACAGCCUGGACAGCUCGGGCAGCCUGGGCAGAAAGCCUGUCAUGGGCUAGAGAGGUGCGGGCAUUCAGCCCUGGCUGGAGAACGAAGGAAUGGGAGCAGAGGAGAAAGAGGGGGGUUAGCCAGGGUGGAGGGCGCGACGGCAGGAAGCCGGGAGGCGCGAGCAGGGGUGGAGACCAACGGAGGGGACGGCCAAAGAGCGGGUAGGAGGGCUGGAGAGAGGGAGAAAGAGGAGGAGAGAAGAGAGGAAGGGUGCCGACGAGAAGCAGCACUGAGAACUUGGAGAAGAAGGAGGAGGGCAGGCCUCAGCGGGAGCAGCGGGAGCAGCGGGCCCGGGUCCGGGCCGCCCCCGCGAGCAAGGCGCCGCCAUUCCGCUGCUCGGGGCGCCGCCGCCGCCGCCGCCGCGUCCGGGGGCCAUGCUCCCGCCGCCCCCGCGCCAGCCGCCUCCUCAGGCGCGCACGGCCCGCGGCUCCCUGCGCCUGCAGCGGGCUUUCCUGCGCGGCCCGCUGGGCGUGCUGCGGCUGCUGCAGCUGCUGGCCGGAGCCGCCUUCUGGAUCACCAUCGCCACCAGCAAGUACCAGGGCCCGGUGCACUUCGCGCUCUUCGUGUCGGUGCUCUUCUGGCUGCUCACCCUGGGGCUCUACUUCAUCACGCUGCUGGGCAAGCAGGAGCUGGUGCCCGUGCUGGGCUCGCGCUGGCUCGUGGUCAACGUGGCGCACGACCUGCUGGCGGCCGCUCUCUACGGGGCCGCGACGGGCAUCAUGAUCGACCAGACGCAGCGCCACAGCUACUGCAACCUCAAGAACUACCGGCUGCCCUGCGCCUACCAUGCCUUCCUGGCGGCCUCGGUCUGCGGCGGCCUCUGCCUCGGCCUCUAUCUGCUCUCGGCACUCUACGGCUGCUGCCGUCGCUUCCAGGGCAAGGAGGAGGUGGUGUGAGGUCACCCGCUCCACCGCGGCCCAGAUCGGUUCGGGGAUCCCUCCCGAACCCUUCCUGCCGCCGCCCCGUGCCGGUGCGCCCCUGCACCCUCUCCCUGCCUGCGUUUCCCCUGCCCGGGUCCUGGAUCCCCGACGGUCUGACUGCUGUACCGCAGCUCGGCCCAGAUAUUAGCUUCCAGGAACCCGCGCAGCCAUCCGAGGCGCCGACGCACACACCCAGUUGGGCCGCUCCAGGCGAAGCCUGAAAGUCCCUUUCCCCAUUCCCUGUCGAGAGCUAGACGUGGACAGGCGCCGCCGCGUAGAUCCGGGGGAGGCUCCCAAAUUGGAACCAGUCUUUGGGCUGCGCCACCGCCCCCUCCCUCCUGCCCUGCAGUCUGAAGAGCAUCCCUUCCCUGCCCCCUCUUCCAGUCUAGGGUGGUGUAGAAUGCAGUCAGGCAUCUGCAAGAGAAGCUGGGGACAGGCCUUAGCUAGUGCUAGGAUGGAUGACGUCUUUAGUUGUAGUUUGGAUCUCUCCCUGUGCAGCCUUACGACUAGGAAGUCUUUGGGAGGGGUCAACUAGAGGAGAGGUAGAUAGCAAAGGCCCGCUGACUGUACCUGAGUAAAUCUUCUCUCCGCCUUUAACCAGUUCAUUCAGACUGGGCCAAAUGUACUAACUUCCCUGGCCUCUCAGAUGUCACUCACCAGCUUCUGCCGCACCCCACCUUUAAAUAUGUUUGCAUUGGGGACUCCACGUGACCAAUGGCGACUGUUAGGUGCUGCGCUCCUCUUUGGGAACCCAGAUCCCGCUCUUCGGAACAGCUGUUCUAAGAUUAGAACCACACUCUAAAGCCAGGGGUUGCCUAGGGAGCCAUUCCUGUGCUACCUCCCAAAGGCUUAGAAGGUAAAGGUCUGUCAAUGGUGCUGCCUUCCGGCACAGAUUCACAAUGUUUGUUAGGUCUCUGAGAAAUCCUGCGGGUAUCAUGGCCACACAUGGUCAUUCAGUUUACCGGACUAUUGGGCCUAAGCCAUUUCCACCGCAAGACUGCAUCUACGCUGUUUAGGUCAUUCCCACGGGUUGACCUAUUGAAGAUUGCGAAGCUCCUCUUCCCCUGGGAAUUUCUCUAACUGGGGGGGGGGG